GGAAAGGUGCGAUUGAGCAAUCGCAGCACGAGUUAUCUUUUUUACAACCUCGAUUUGGGGUUCCUGUCGACAGUGACGCUGUUUACACUUUUCCCACAGCUUUAGAUAAGAUUGGCGGCGCGGAUUAAAUCAAAAUGUCGAAGCUUGGAGUUAAUGAGCACCAUCAGGCUCAAGUAGUGAACUACAUGAGGUUUUCUCGUUACCAAAGAGGCCAGAGGUUGAGAGCUGUUGAAAUGUGUUUUGAGGAACUGAAAAGUAGCAGAUUGGAUGAAACGACCUACACGAUAGAUGAGGUGACAGAGAUGUUGGAUGGUUUGCUGUCUGUUGUGAGAGGAGAAGUGGAGGGGGAGUUAGACAACACAGCUUACACCAAUGUUCUACUGCUCAGGCAGAUGUUUCAGCAAGCAGAGAAGUGGCAUCUCAAACUACAGGCUGAUAUCUCAGAAUUAGAAAAUAGAGAAUUGAUAGAAACAAUAGCAGACUUUGAGGAGAGGGAGUUUGCUGGGACAACAAGAGAUACAGAUUUCAACAGUGUACUGAGGAAAAUGAAGUUGGCUCCCAUUAAUGAAUCAGGAGGGGCAGCGUUAUUACACAUGAAAAUUGAAGAAUUAGAAAAAGAAAAUCUCAAACUCUCUGAGCAAAGAAUACAGCUAGAAAAGCAGGUCAAAUCUUUAGGAGGAUCAGUAGCUGUUAGUGCAGCUGCUUCCUCAGUUGCUGGCGGUUCUAAUCAGAAUGAUGGAGAGGUGAACGAUCUCAGGAAAAAAUUGGCUUCACUUGAGUCAGAUCUUGAUUCUACCAAGAGAAGCAGUGCCAACUCAUCAAAUUCAAUGGAGAAAGAUUUAGUUUCUACAAAACAUGAGUUGCUUAGAAUCAAAGAAAUGUUAGAAAUGGCAGAAAAGGAACUAGAAAAGAAAGUUAGCCAAACCAACCCAUUUAAAAACUUGAAGCAGAUGUUAGUGAAGAAAAAUGACCAACUUAAAGAACUCAGAAAGAGGCUGUCAAAGUAUGAGAAGGUUGAUGAUGCAGAGUAAACUAGUAAAACUAGUGUUCAAGAUACAAUGGCACCUGUUUCAUCCCCAAAAACAGAAGGAAUAACCACAGAUGAGAACAUUUUCAAUGAAGUAGACAUUUGUAGAUUUACAUGGAAACAAAGAUGUACACACAGAUAAUGCAUGGGUUGAAAACACCAACGUAUACUAGCAAAAAUAAUAUCUAAUUUUUAACAACAUUUGAUGCCUCUCUUUAUCUUUUACCUUCAACAUUGCUUGGAAUUGGCAUUAUAAUUUAUCUUUUCAUUGCAUGACAGGUAAUGCUUGAAUGUACAUAUUUGAUAUAGAUUUUUUUGCCAAAUUUAUUUUUUUUAUGAGAUAGAUAGUAUUUAUUUAUUUACAAAUAGAAUAGUGCAAAGCAAUGUAUAUCAAACCCCUUAAAGCAAUAUGAGCUGUAUUUUUUAGAAUUUUAUUUUGCUUUAAAACCCUGCUAGUAUGCUAAGUCUGCGUGUAAACUUGAACUUUUAUGAUAAAUAAGAUUUGGAAAAAUCAUUAAUUUUUGUCAGUAGAAAGAUUUCUCUUCUAAGGAAUAUAUAGCAGUUCAAUUUUUGUACAGGACUACAAUAAUUCAAAUUUGCUUCUAUUAAGGCUUCUUGACGGGUUCUCCCACAAAAUAAGGCUAACAGAAAUUUUAAAAUCAUGAUAUUUUUUGUCAUUUUAGUAUAAAAUAAUAUUUUUGUAAAAAAAAAAAAAAAAAUUCCAGCAUGAAAAUUGCAGCUCAUAUUGCUUUAAAGAAACAAGUGUAUCACAAUUCAAAGAUCAAUUCUGCUAACUGAAUUCAGCAACAACUGCUCUUUUUUUUUCUAAAUGAAGUGCUGUUUUGAUUUUUUUUUUUCAUGCUGCAAAGUUCAUUCAUAAAAAGAUGUGCAAUUUAUCCUUAAUUUAUAUUUGUCAGUUUGAUACUUUUAUGUGCAUAUUUGUGUGUUGGUAUAUAUUCCGAAAUUAGACUUUGUUAUAAAUGCUUGAUCUGUUAUAAAAAUGAGAGUUUGUGUGUUAAUUUUAACAUUCCACUACCUGAAACUUUGAACAGGCAUCAACUUUUUAUUGUGAUGUGUGUUUUCAAAAGUGUGUUCUAUUUCAUUGGAAGUUUGAUAAUAAAAAAAAGAUCUGUCUUUUGAAAACUAGAAUAGCUUAUUUUUUACAUGCUGAGAAUGUUUAAAGAUGAAUUAAAGGUGUUUGGAGAUUUUUUUUGUAUAAUGUUAGUUGUAUUGAUAUCUGUAAAAUUAGUUUAACAGCUGUUUUGUAAACAUGCUCACUGGCUUUUGAAUACAUGUAUUUUUGUUUAGUUUUUCGUUUCUUAUGCAACCAACUAAAAACAAACAAGUUUUAUGAAUCCUGAUUGUAAUAAUUGUUACAACUGCAUAAUUCUAGUACCUAUAUACAGUAUCAUUAGAAAAUGAGAAAUCCUUUAUUGGUGAAGUUUGAUGUGUACUCAUGACAUGUUGAAACAACAACAAAAUUGAUUUUUUUAUUUGAUGAUAUGGGAUGAAUGACAAGAAGAAAAAAAGUACUGUAGAUUUCUAAAUGUUCAGCAAACAUGGAUUUGUAUUGAUUUUACAUGUUUAUAUUGUCACUUUUUAUGAAGUCCAGAUUGUAGUGGUGUACAUGUCAAGAAUUAGUGGACUGAGAAUUAUGAGUUGGUUAUACUCAGCUACCCGCCUCAGUUUGAAGUUAUACAUGCAUAAAAUGUAACAUUACAACCUAUAAUGUUUUGUGAUGGGUGGAUAAUACUGAAUACAUGUAUUACAUGUACUUACUUAAUAUACCCCAGUACUUUAAGAAACAGAAAAAACUUUUGUUAGAAAAUUUCACUUAUAGGCCCCUAGAUUGAUACCUGAUGAACAUAUUAUCUCAAUAGAUUUGUCUGAAUCUGCACUAUUUUUCAUUAUGAUCUUAAUAGGAAUGUCGACUAUAGGAGCUAGGAGCUUAGUUUAAAGGACGUCUAAAUAUUUUUU